CGUUUAAAUCUAGAUGGAAACAGUGAUGGUUAAACCGUGAACGCAACGCAUUCGUGUGCAGUGACGACGUCCACCGGAAUAAAGUGAUCAGUUAGGAUUAAGGUCACGAACAUCAGAAUGCUCGCCCUUUAUCGUCGACUUUGAACGCCGAAGGGUGACUGUAGCAUCGCCUGCACUAAAUGGCACUGUGAAACAGCAUCGGUAAAGCCUCCCGCACCCAACAUCAGAGAGAAUAUAUCGAGAUCACCAUCAACUGACAUAUCGGUCCUCAUUGAGAACCAGAAGUGAUGUUACGAUGAUGCAAAGCUUUCAUCCGUGGAGGUGCAGUUGGUUGAACUCGGCUAGGCGUGGUCACUGCUUGGCGCUGGUCGCCCUGGCAAUAGUCCUAGAGAUUCAGGCUCAAGCCGCGGAAUGCCCGCCAACGGAGACGAUCCCCGGAUGCCCGUGCUACAAUUUCGAGGAUGGUUUGUUCCUGGAGUGCGCUGGUGCUACCGAAGAGAUGCUGAGUUCCACGCUACAAGGUGUCCUCAGCGCCGGAGGAACAGAUACGCUGGUGCAGUCGCUGAGCGUCUACGAGCUUGACAGGACGAUCGAGGAGCUGAAGGAAGUAGCGUUUCCGCCAGGUUCGCAAAUCCGAUAUUUACAGAUAUCCCACUCAGCGAUACGAGAGGUGAGCGAAACAGCUUUCAAAAAUCUGAGACAGAGCCUGGAAUCUCUGGCUUUGGUGUCCGGGCGACUACCGCAAGUCCCCCAGAAAGCUUUGACUGAUCUCCAUAAGCUAGCGGCACUGGAUCUCGAGGCAAACCUGAUACAGGACCUGCCCUCGUUUUGCUUCUACGGUCUAAAGUUGAUGAAACUCAGUGUGAAGGGUAACCAAAUAUCAAAGAUAUCCGAGUACGCUUUUGCGGGUUUGGAAGAAAACCUGAGCAACCUUGACUUGGCGGAAAACAAACUCAAGAUUUUUCCCAUGGCACCGCUAAGGAGACUCGAGAAUCUUGCCUCCCUUAGAUUGGCGUGGAACGAAAUAUCCGAACUCCCUAACGACGGGUAUUCAACCCUCGGUUCCCUGCUCAUGCUGGAUCUGAGCAGUAACAAUUUUGACAAGCUUACCGAGGACUGCUUUCGGCCGUGCCCAAUACUCCACACGCUUUCCCUGUACUAUAAUUCCAUCGAGACGAUACACAAGGAUGCCUUUGUCUCUCUAAAGGACUUGGAGUCCAUCGACCUCAGCCACAACAAAAUCGUCUUCCUUGACGUAGCUACCUUCAGAGCAAACGACCGCCUCCGCACCAUAGAGCUGAGCCACAACCAUGUUCACUACAUCGGUGGAGUAUUUGCCAAUCUCCCAGAACUGCGGGAGUUGUAUCUGGCAGAAAAUAACAUUCUGGAUAUACCAAGCGAUGCAUUUGCAGGAAGUGUCAGCCUAGCUGUUGUUUACUUGCAGCAGAAUGCAAUUCGGAGGAUAGACGCUAGAGGCCUAGUGACAUUGAGCGAGCUCGCCCAACUGCAUCUGAGUAAUAAUUACAUCGAGAAAGUUCCCAAAGAAUUUUUAGAACACUCAGAAAACUUGUCCUCCUUGUCGUUGGACGGUAAUAAAAUCCGCGAGUUGGAUGUUGGCACUUUUUCAAAGCUGCGACAACUGCGUGAACUCCGGCUCCAAGAUAACCAAAUAAAAGAGGUUAAGAGGGGGGUGUUUUCACCACUUCCGGUACUUCUUGAACUACACUUGCAAAGCAAUGCCAUAACGAAUAUGGAAACUGGUGCUCUUCGGACUUUGCACAGUCUUCAACACGUCAAUUUGCAAGGGAAUCUCCUUACCGUUCUCGGUGAUGUCUUCCAGCUUUCCUCCGGAGAUUCCAACACCAAUGGAGCCGGCGGAAGUUCCUUGGUAUCUAUCCAGCUGGACAGCAAUGGUCUGGGUGUUUUGCACAACGAUUCGCUGCGCGGACAAGCCUCGGUUCGCAUCAUGUGGCUUGGACAUAAUAAAUUAACCCACCUUCAGGCACCUCUCUUUCGAGACCUUCUUCUCGUCGAACGUCUGUACCUGACCAACAAUUCCAUAUCUCGCAUCGAAGACGCAGCCUUUCAGCCAAUGCAGGCUCUCAAAUUUCUCGAACUGAGCAUGAACCGCCUAAGCCACGUGACAGCAAGAACGUUUUCGGAACUCCACGAGCUCGAAGAGUUGUACCUACGAGACAACGGCCUCAGACGACUUGAUCCUUACGCUCUGACGGCUCUGAAGAAGCUAAGCAUUCUCGAUCUGUCCGACAACCACUUGUCGAUCCUUCACGACGCGAUUUUUCAGGAAGGACUUCCAAUCAAGAUUCUGAACCUGAAAAAUUGCUCGAUUGUCAACGUGGAACACGGCGCGUUUAGGGGUCUGGGCAACCUAACCGAUCUCAACAUGGAGAACAACGCCUUGACGGCAACGGCUCUUCGUCGACUCGACAUUCCUGGCCUUCGCAUACUCGCCGUCUCUGGGAACAACUUCAGCGAGCUUACUGAGCACAGUUUCAACGGCCUACCCGCCCUUCAGACUCUACUUAUGGACGAUACGCACCUGGGCCAAUUGCCAGAGAACAUUUUUGCGAUAAAUCGAAACCUGGCGAAGCUACACGCUUGCAAAAAUUUGCUGAGGCUACUACCGCCGGGAAUUUUCGACGGACUUUUGUCGCUCAGGGAGAUAAGACUCGACGAUAAUCGAUUCCUCGAAAUCCCAUACUCCGCACUCUCCAGCGCUCUGAAUCUCGAAAUACUUUCACUGUCACAGAACCUCCUGGUGACUGUUGACGUGGCAAGUUUCGCCGGGCUAAAAUAUCUCAGAGAAUUGAAUUUGAGCAAAAAUCGCAUCGUAACGAUGUCUGGAUUCGCGACUGCGAAUCUAUCCCGACUUUUGUCGGUAGAUCUGAGCCACAACCACCUGAAUGCUCUUCCGGCAAACUUUUUCGUUCACUCGUUGAUGCUGCGACGGGUCGAUCUUGCUGAAAACAAGUUCCGGCAAAUUCCAGCGGUCGCGCUGUCUGGUCAGAAUCUGCCCAGUCUGGUUUGGUUGAAUCUGACCAGGAAUCCACUCAACAGAAUUCACGAUUUACCCUCGGAGGCGAUGUACCCGCUUCUUCAAGAGAUCCACAUAUCGGGGACUAAUUUAAGCAUAGUCACGUCCCAGGAUUUUGAAGCCUUUCCCGCUCUUUUGCAUCUUUAUCUAAGUCAAAAUUGUAUAUCGAGAAUUUCACCGGGAGCCUUCCGAAGCCUACCAAAUUUGCUCACACUGCACAUGGGGAUGAAUAGCAUGGAAAUCGUACCUCAAGAAAGACUACAGGGCCUCGAGCAUCUCCGGAUACUGAAUCUAACGCACAACAGACUCAAAGAACUAGAGGAAUUUCCAUCCGAUCUCAAGUCGCUCCAGGUGCUCGAUCUGUCUUACAAUCAGAUUGGAAACGUCGGAAAAGUGACAUUCAAGAAUUUAAUCAGCCUUGUAGAGUUACACUUGUACGGAAACUGGAUAAACGCAAUCGCCAGCGAGGCGUUCAGACCUUUGAAGAAGCUUCGGUUGCUGGACUUGAGUAGAAAUUACUUGGAAAAUUUGCCGUUGAACGCCUUCAGGCCCCUAGAGACGCAGAUACGGAGCCUAAGAGCCGAAGAAAACCCUCUUCACUGUGGCUGCGAGUCCCAGGAGUUGUGGGAGUGGUUGCGGGAUCAUCAGAAGCUGGUUGGUGGUGUGGGUCGAGGGCGAGGCCGAGGUAGGGGUGGAGUAGGAGUCGGUGACGUCGAAGGAGGAUUAUUGCGAUGCGAGCAGCCCCCAGAGCUCCGUGGUUUGGUAUUCCUCGACCUUGACCCGCACGCCUUCUGCUCAGCGCCUUUGGUGUUAAAGCUGGCGAUCCAGGACAUCCAACCUUUUUCGGUCCUCGUCUCCUGGCAGAGCCGUAACCACUCGGGUCUCCACGGAUACCAAGUGGCUUAUCACGCCCUGGACAACGUCGACGAGGUACGAGGCAAGCUACUCGAUCCCAAGGCACGUUCGGUGAAACUGUCGAAACUCGCCUCGGACACCAGGUACCUCAUCUGCGUCCUUGGUCUUGGAAGCUGGGGGAGCCCGAUACCGGAAGGAAUUUCAUCCUGGCAGUUGAACGCCUCCCACGACGACGUCAUCGAGGGUUCUGCGCUUCCGGUUAUGGUCGACUCUCCCAUGAGCCGUUGCACCGAGGUAAGGACCCUGGAUGCUCCGGACUCGAUCGUCGGAGAUGGGGCAGUCGGGGACCGUGGAGGACUGGCCAGCAUCCUGACCCGGAGACUGGGCCUGAUAGUCGGCAGCUGCAUGGGCUUCGUUGUAUUUGUCGUGCUGGUUUCGGUUCUGGGUUACAUGAAGAUGAAAAAACAGAGAGCUGCCAUAAAGCGAGAGCAGCCUCUCCCAACCAAUCCGCCGGAGUAUAUGUCUUAUCGGCACUUCUCUCUCCAAGGUGCUGAUCGCGGAGAAAGUUCCUGUCCAAGUUUCAUCAGCAAUAUUGGAACCACAUCCCUGAACUCGUAGCCAAAGGCCUCCAAGUCUCACCGAAGCCCAAGUGAGCACGAGAUAGAGAUGAGCAACAUCUCUAAUUGUAGUCAGAUAUUUCGUUGACUGAUGUCUGAAAGGAAUUGGGUGAAUAAUCGUGCUUGCGUAGGUAAUACAACCUUGGUGAAUAAUCUGUGAGAUUGGAGGCUCCUUUUCAAAAUACUUACUACUCUAUAAUCAUCAAAUUUUAACGUGAACUGUGAUGAUAUUGCAAAAACGUUUUCGUGCUUUAAGUAUCCACCCCUGGAUCACAAAGUCGUGACGUAGUUUGGUGAGAACCUAAAAGUUCUGAGGCUGUUUAAAUAUACGUCGAUAUUACGACGGUAACGUGAAGUGACAAUUGUGUUUUAAAUUGAGAACAGCCAAGAACAAUGAAUGUAAAGUAGGUUGAAUUACGUAUUCAACUACAGGAAUCGUCAGAUAUAAACAUGUUUUAAAAUAUAAGUGCAAAAUGUUAAAAAGAAAAGUGUAAUCAUCGAGGACCUUAAAAAUCUAAAAUUGAUUUACGAAAGACAAAUUUAACGUAAAAAAAGUACAUCAACCGUUUAAAUUAAUACAUUAUGAAUAGCUAAUGAAUUGCGGGUAAAGAAGGAAACAAACUUAAAAUUAUGAUCAAUUUGAACAAGUGUUGUGAGUAUGCCAAAAAGGGAAAAAAUGAAUUUAGCAAAUGCCAUGAUCAUAUUGGUUUGGAGUGUAUUUAUGACGUUGAAAUUAUACAUGCGUAAUGAUGGUAUAUAAAAAGACAAUUUAAUUUUUGACUUUCGUACGAAGACUGAUGAAAAUUUUUUUUUUUUUUUUUUCUACACACAGUUGAAGCUGACGUAUCGGUGUGUAAUAGGGAACGUUUGUACAUAAAUUAUAGCAUAAAGACAAGCAACAACUUGUCAGAUUUCACGCAGAAUACCCAGUUCAAACAUACUAACACAUCUAAAGUGCUGUAGCCAGAGAAAUGGAAAAAAACAACAAUCGUAAAUACGUAUUACGUUAUACAAGACGAAAUAAAUAUAAUAUAAGUAUAUGGAUAUAUGUAUAUUUAAAUAUAUGUAUUAUACAUACGUAACAUUUAGAAGUCCAGUAACAAAGUAUACCUACACCUAGUUUUGUCCUCCGUUUGCGACGCUUAAGGUUCAACCAUUAAACCAUAACUUGACCAAUACUCAACAAAGCAAAAACAAUCUUGUCACAAAACUAAUGUGGCCGCCACCAUCUCACUUGAAGUUUUAUUUCGGUCACAGAAUCGUUUCCAACUUUCAUUAUUUCUUUAUCGGUACAUCAGGUGAUGUGAAAUUGUGGCAAGAAUACGGUUUGAUAGUGAUUUUUCGUUCGGCUAGCUCGUCCGAAACUCAACAACGCGAAAACCACC